AUUCUUAUCCUCCCUACUUCUCCACUCCUUCCCUUCCUUCCCUUUUCUUCUGAAUCCUCCGCUCUGGACUCCUGUCGGUGAAAUCCUUCGUCUCUCUCCCCAUCUUUCUGUCUCAUUUUCCGCCAUCCUCUCCUCUGUUCUCGGGAGCCAAUGCGAGACAUUUGCUCAGAUUAAGCGACGGCUUAAAACUCGGAGUGCACGAGGGGAGAUCGUCACAGAGUGGUGAUGGAGAGCACCCCUUCAAGGGGUGGACUGAAUCGAGUACACCUACAAUGCAGGAAUCUGCAGGAAUUCCUAGGAAGCCUGAGCCCUGGGGUAUUGGAUCGAUUAUAUGGGCAUCCUGCCACCUGUCUGGCUGUCUUCAGGGAGCUCCCAUCUUUGGCUAAGAACUGGGUGAUGCGGAUGCUCUUUCUGGAGCAGCCUUUGCCGCAAGCUGCUGUAGCCCUGUGGGUGAAGAAGGAAUUCAGCAAAGCUCAGGAGGAAAGCACAGGGCUGCUGAGUGGCCUCCGUAUCUGGCACACCCAGCUGCUUCCUGGUGGUCUCCAGGGUCUCAUCCUCAACCCCAUCUUCCGCCAAAACCUCCGCAUAGCCCUUCUGGGUGGGGGCAAGGCCUGGUCUGAUGACACAAGUCAGCUGGGACCAGACAAGCAUGCCCGGGAUGUCCCCUCACUUGACAAGUACGCCGAGGAGCGAUGGGAGGUGGUCCUGCACUUCAUGGUGGGCUCCCCCAGUGCAGCCGUCAGCCAGGACUUGGCCCAGCUCCUCAGCCAGGCGGGGCUCAUGAAGAGUGCCGAACCUGGAGAGCCGCCCUGCAUUACCUCUGCCGGCUUCCAGUUCCUGUUGCUGGACACCCCCGCCCAGCUCUGGUACUUUAUGUUGCAGUACCUGCAGACAGCCCAGAGUCGGGGCAUGGACCUAGUGGAGAUUCUCUCCUUCCUCUUCCAGCUCAGCUUCUCUACUCUGGGCAAGGAUUACUCUGUAGAAGGUAUGAGUGAUUCUCUGUUGAACUUCCUGCAACAUCUGCGUGAGUUUGGGCUUGUUUUCCAGAGGAAGAGGAAAUCUCGGCGUUACUACCCCACACGCCUGGCCAUCAAUCUCUCGUCAGGUGUUUCUGGGGCCGGGGGCACCGCACAUCAGCCAGGCUUCAUUGUCGUGGAAACCAAUUACCGACUGUAUGCCUACACGGAGUCAGAGCUGCAGAUCGCCCUCAUUGCCCUCUUCUCCGAGAUGCUCUAUCGCUUCCCCAACAUGGUGGUGGCACAGGUGACCCGUGAGAGUGUGCAGCAGGCCAUUGCCAGUGGCAUCACAGCCCAACAGGUAUUCCCACUAGGGGCCAGGAAGACAGGCUGCACUUGGGCUGCAGGGUACAAGGCAGUCACCUUAUGGAAGAUCAUCCAUUUCCUAAGGACAAGGGCUCACCCGGUGAUGCUUAAACAGACACCUGUGCUGCCUCCCACCAUCACGGACCAGAUUCGGCUGUGGGAGCUGGAAAGGGACAGACUCCGGUUCACUGAGGGCGUCCUGUAUAACCAGUUCCUGUCGCAAGUGGACUUUGAGCUGCUGUUGGCCCACGCGCGGGAGCUGGGCGUCCUAGUGUUCGAGAACUCGGCCAAGCGGCUCAUGGUGGUGACCCCGGCCGGGCACAGCGACGUCAAGCGCUUCUGGAAGCGGCAGAAGCACAGCUCCUGAGAGUGCCGGCCUGGGACUGGGACUGGACCCGGGCGGGGCGGGACCGGGCAGGGCGGGCCGCGUGGAGGCACGCGCGGCCUCGGAACUCAGGUGUUUUUUUUAUUCACACGUCGGGACUCUUAUUGUUUAAUAAAGUUGUGAAAACGAACCA